AUGGCGAAAACCGACAUACACUCUUCCAUCGCGUCCCUCGAGUCCUGUCGAUUACGCCUAGCGAACCGCCGUCAGCGUCAGAUUAAACUUCGGCAACUCAUUCUGCAGCAUCUGACUGGUGAUGCACAUGCUUUCGCACCUGGCGACACUCCAGCUAAUGCCUUCGACGAGGCCCUAUACCAGUGCACGUUGUCUAAAGCCCUAUCAGAUUGCCUUGGAAAUAAGUCGGUCAACAUGACUUUAUUCGAUGAAAAGGCUAGGAGAAAGGCGGUUAUCAUUUACUCGAGUGAACACGAAUUCCAUAGUCCUUCACUGCCUUUUGUUAGGCCAGUUGUACGACAACUUCAGCCCCCACAACUCUCAAGCUCAACCCUUCGGCUUCUGUCGCAGGGCGUCGAUGGGGCGGCCCCUUCCCAAAAGUUCACAAUUUCCAACGGGCGCCUCGUUUGCCGUGACAGCGACACUCAAGUUCCCAGUGAGGUUGGCGAUCCGCACUCUAAGGACACCACGUACACUGGGACGUGCACUUUCCUCAAGGGAACUCAGAGCGCAAAUCCGCACAACGACUACUGCCAACAUUUCGUCGACACUGGGGAGCGCCCGCAAAACUUCAUCCGGGACACUGGUAGCGCCUAUGUCGGCUCCAAAAUUUACCAUCUCCAAUGUCCCCUUUCUCCAAGUCCGCAGUUGAUUGAGGUGGAGUGUUUUGUUUCAGGAUUGAGAAACCGAUUCGAGGAGUACCCGAAACUGCGAGAGUUGAUUCGCCUUAAGGACGAACUCAUUCAGGCACGGGCCACACCACCGAUGUACUUGAAAGUCGACCUUGCAAGCUUCAACCUGCAGGACCUCAAUUCGGUGUUCGAUGUUAUCUUGGUGGAGCCUCCACUGGAUCGCUCCUGGUCGUGGCAGGAGGCGAGUUCUCGCGAUUUUUUUAAUUCCGAGUGCACCGCAGUACUGUGCGAAUUUGUCCUAGCACACCGACCACGAUUUGAAUCCGCAAUUAUUUUACAAAUUGAGAGGCUUGAAGUUGAGAAGAUCGCUGCGCCGAGGUCGUUCGUCUGGAUUUGGUGCGACAGCGGUGAGGGCCUCGACGGCGCUAGAAAGUGUCUCAAGAAGUGGGGUUUUCGUCGGUGCGAGGAUAUAUGCUGGAUCAAGACGAACAAGACGUCACCGGGUCACGAGCAGCUGGAGCCGGGUGCUCUGCUGCAGCGCACGAAGGAGCACUGCCUCAUGGGCAUCCACGGCACCGUUCGCCGCUCCGUCGACGGCGACUUCAUCCACGCCAACCUCGACAUCGACCUGAUCAUCAGCGAGGCCAAGUCACCCGGCAGCUACGGUGCGAGGGACAAGCCGACGGAGAUCUUCCACAUCAUCGAGCACUUCUGCCAGGGGCGUCGGAGGCUGCACCUCUUCGGCAGGGACAGCACACUCAGAGCUGCAAGACCAAGUCGUAUUGAACGGCCUGCAGUCUCACAAAAAUUUCAUUGUGCCAACUCCGAUUUCACAAAUCCAGUGCGCGGGCUUGGUUGGCUGACGGUGGGCAGUGAGCUUUCCGCAAGCAACUUUGACGCCCAAGUCUACAAUAGUUACUUCACACGGGAGCCCAACGGCUGCCUGCUAGGCAGUUCGGAGGAGAUUGAGCGCCUUCGACCCAAGUCACCCCCGCCGCGGUUUCAACCGGGACAAGCGGGUGUUGUUGCGAAUCCGCGGAUUGCCGGUGGCAGCUUGCCGACUCAAGCCGUCGCUCUGGCCAACGCUGCGGCGAUUGCCGGACGCACGGACUCACCUGUCGUUUCCUCCAAGAUUCCCAUCUUCCCGUCCCUUCUCCCGUCGUCUGUGCAACCCUCGACGCGUCAUCGGUCUGGUUGGCAACGAGGCGGCGGUGGUGGUGGUGCUGCUACUGCUGACGCCCACUCGCACAUCCAGUCCCUCUUGUCGGGCACUUCGGCCUCCACGGUCGCCACCCCCAACGCCCUCCUUGGUCUUCUCAUGUCUGCUCAAAGCCGCCGAAUUCAAGAGACGCUGUCGAACCCUCUCUGGGCCUCUCUUGUUGGACGGGCCUCACGCACCGAGAGUCCUGUAAUCGCACCAACCACUAAUUUGGCAACCUUGCAGACAGCCCUUCUGCUUCAGCAGCAGCAGCAGCAGUCACAGCAGCGCUUCUCCCUCCCAUUGGGAACGCAGACACCAGCGACGACAGCAAGAAUCGGGUUUCUCAGCGACAAAGCGGCCCUCGCGAUGCAAAUGUUCACCGCUGCGGCGUCUUCGCUUCGUCCGGGUGAUUUCGCUGAUCCACGUGGACGCUCGACCCCUUCCUCGUUUCAGUAA